CCGCUGAGCUCGAUGGCAUCCCAUUGCCCUCCAAUCCCACCGUAGUGACGUCAACAAGAGCACGUGGGUUUGUUAUUGCAGGAAGCGAAGAUGGCGGCUCAGUCGUUGCUCUCCGAGCCUGUUCUCGGGUGGUCAAUUUUCACCUUUAUACUUUUGGUAAUCCUGGCUUUCUGCUGGGUCUACAUUCGCAAAUUUCAAAGCCGUCAGGAGAGUGAAGUUAUUUCAACUAUUACCGCAAUAUGUGCACUGGCCAUAGCUCUGAUAACAUCUGCUCUUCUACCAGUGGAUAUAUUCCUUGUUUCAUUCAUGAAGUAUCCCAAUGGUACCUACAAGGAAUGGGCAGCAAGCAAUGAGACAAGAGGACAAAUUGAAGAUACUGUGCUGUAUGGAUAUUACACACUUUACUCCAUCAUACUAUUCUGUGUCUUCCUAUGGAUCCCCUUUGUUUAUUUCUACUAUGAAGAAAGGGAUGACGACAACGUGAACAAAUGCUCUCAAGUGAAAAAUGCUCUGAAGUACACAGUUGGAUUUGUCAUUGUCUGCAUGGUGCUCCUUUUAAUUGGAGCCUUUGUUCCACUUGAGGCUCCACCUAGCCAGAAUUCCACUCAGUGGGAGAAAGUACAGUAUCUGUUUGAGGAGCUUGGAAGUAGUCAUGGUCUACCUGCUCUGUCUUUCUCCAUCAGCUCCUUGACCUUGAUCGGCAUGUUGGCAGUGAUCACUUACACAGCAUACGGUAUGUCUGUACUGCCUCUGAAUCUGAUAAAAGGCACACGGAGUGUGGUGUAUGAACGCCUGGAGAACACAGAGGACAUUGAUGAUGUUGAGCAUCAGAUAGAAAAGCUGAAAUCUCAGUGUAAAGAUGGACGUCCCCUUUCCUCAAGGGACAGAAAUAACCUGCAGGAGCUGGAGGGCAAACUGCUGGUCCUCCGGCGCAGGGGGAGACACCUGGAAUUUGCAGAGGGGAACUGUUGCACUAAAGUGGGUAGUGCUCUCAGACCUUUGAAGAUAUUGUUGGGCAUUUUCUUUAUCGCGGUUGCACUGCUGUUCAUAGUUGCCCUAUUCAUUUCAAAUUUGGAUAAAGCUCUCCACUCUGCUGGCAUCAGCUCUGGGUUCAUAAUCUUUGGCACCAACCUAACCAACCCUCUGAAUGAACUUCUAUUAGCCCUACAACCUGUUUUUCCACUGGAUUAUAUCCUGAUCACAGUCAUUACUAUGUACUUUGUCCUCACAUCCAUGGCUGGCAUUCGCAACAUGGGCAUCUGGUUCUUCUGGAUAAGGCUGUACAAAAUAAGACCUAAGAGAACUCGCCCCCAGGCUCUUCUCUUCCUCUGUAUGAUUCUUCUCUUGAUUGUCCUUCACACCAGCUACAUGAUCUACAGCCUAGCCCCACAAUACGUCAUGUAUGGGAGCCAGAAAUAUCUUGUACAGAGUCAGAUGGUUCCAGCAGGUCUUACAUCUGGGAAUGGUACUUUUGGCACAGCAAGGAUCUGUGAUGCUGAUGCGCCGCAGGAUCAGUGCACUGUGACAAGAUCCUAUGUUUUCCUCCACAAGUUCUGGUUCUUCAGCACCAUGUACUACUUUGGUAAUUGGGCAUUUAUUGUGGCUUUCCUCAUUGGUCUGGUGGUGUCCUGCUGCAGAGGGAAGAAGUCUGUGAUUGAAGGAGAGGUGGAGGCCGACGACUCAGACAUAAGUGAUGAUGAAUAUGUGCACUGAACACCAGUUUUCACUCAGUCAGGCUUGUAGAUACCAACUAUAACUUAAAGGGACUAGAAGGUACAAAUUCUUUAACAAACACAACAACAACAAAUAAAUGACCAUCACUAAUUUCUCAUACUUUAAUUUAUAGACUUUUAACAAGCUAUUGCAGGGCUGUCUCGUAGAUUCCAGUCUUGUUUUGAGUUGACACCUUGAUGAGCCUGCUCAAACUGACAUGUCUUUCUCAGUCAAUAAUACUGAUGACUUUGGGUUUCUGGGAGUGUCCUCCAACUCAGUCCUACCUUGAGAAUUCACUUCUCAACAGUUUGAAACUGACAUAGGUUGGUCAUUUUUCUACCGGAGGAGAGAUGUACAGUAGUUACUGUAGCAGGAGAAUCGAAAUCAUUUGCUGCUCCAAAACUUUCCAAAGCUUUUUGUGGGGACAGAGCUUAGACAUAAAGUUGCAUUUUACAUUCUCUUAGCACUUUCUAGACCCUUUAAAUAGUUACUUUAUGAUAGUGUUGACAGUUAACAUACUAUGAAAACAAUUGAGACUUGUACAGUUUGCUAAAAAGCUAACUGGUAUAAAAAUAAUGGUUUUUGAGUGUUAACAGCCGUAACAUUCCCAACAAUUAUUUGUUGUCUGGGAUUAAAUAUAGUACUAGUGGGUUUGGUGUGUUUUUCCCCUGUAUUUAGUAAUCUGUAGUCUCAGACCACUAAUAAAGCAAAUCUUUCUGUACAUGCAUACCCACACUGUGUGAAAUGUAAAGGGCCAACUCUGGUUGUUGUGUUUUCAAGGUUUCAAUUGCUACUGGUUUUUAAUUAAAUGGUUUCAACAGCUUUUUGCUCUCUAUGUUGGAGGAGCAUGAUAAAAAAUAAACAAAAAAAAACAAAAAGAACCACAUCGAUGUAAUUUUCUUUACCAACAGCAGGCUGGAGUGAUCGAUUUUUUUCAAAGUAUUUAACCAUCUAAGCGUCAGAAUUAAUAUAAAGGUUUGAUUCAUUGAGCACAUUUACAGAAAAUAUGAAUGCCUUUUGUCAAAUAUGGGAACCAAAUGUUCGUGCCUCAUGAAUGUAUAGUACUAUGAUGGGCACACACUACUGUACAUACUACGCUAAAUUAGCCUCACAGAAAUCAGCUUCAGAAAUUAGUGGAGUCAGCAGCUGGAGAUGUGCUGAGGCACUGAUGGCAGAAGCUGCAUUCGCAGCUUUCACCCGUGACAGGUUGAAAGGAAUACUGUUGUGGAAGUGGUGUCAAUACUGAAUGAUGCAUAUAAAGAAAGAAAACCAUUUUAAAAAUGCCUCAUAUUUGCCCAGAAAAUGCUGUUUUUCCUGUUUUCCAGAAUGGCUAAUAUUGUAGUAUUUGUGGCACAAUUGUGUGGAAUAAAGCAAGCUGCCAUAUGUUA